CUGCUGGCCCGCCCUCUCGCGGCGGCCGUGGGAGGGCCGGUCGGCUGAAUCCGCGGCCGACUGGGAGCAGGCACCCCGACCCCGCCCCACCGGGCUCUGGCCCAGUUUCCCUUUAGCCGCCGCCAUGCCCAACUCCGUGCUGUGGGCAGUAGACCUCUUCGGGAGGGUGUACACGCUGUCCACAGCUGGCCAGUACUGGGAGCUGUGCAAGGAUGCCCAGCUGGAGUUCAAGCGGGUCAGCGCGGCCAUGCAGUGCUGCUGGGGCAUUGCCUGCGACAACCAGGUCUACUUGUACAUGUGUGCCAGCGACGUCCCCAUCCGCCGCCGAGAGGAGGCCUAUGAGAAUCAGCGCUGGAACCCCAUGGGCGGCUUCUGUGAGAAGCUCCUGCCAAGUGACCGCUGGUCGUGGAGUGACGUGAGUGGGCUCCAGCACCGGCCACUGGAUGGGGUGAUGCUGCCCUCGCCGCACUGGGAAUGGGAGUCAGACUGGUACGUGGAUGAGAAUUUUGGAGGAGAACCCACCGAAAAAGGGGGGUGGACAUAUGCCAUCGACUUCCCUGCCACCUACACGAGAGACAAAAAGUGGAAUUCUUGCGUGCGACGGCGGAAGUGGAUCCGGUACAGGAGAUACAAGUCCCGGGACGCCUGGGCCAAGAUCCCCUCCAAAGAUGACCCCAAGCAACUGCCUGACCCCUUCAACGACCUCUCUGUGGGUGGUUGGGAGAUCACAGAGGAGCCCAUAGGUCGCCUGUCAGUGUGGGCCGUGUCCCUGCAAGGAAAGCUGUGGUACAGGGAGGAUGUCUGCCACCCCAACCCCGAAGGCUCCUCAUGGUCCCUCAUGGACACCCCCGGAGAGGUGGCUCAGAUCAGCUGUGGGCCACACGAUCUCCUGUGGGCCACCCUCUGGGAGGGCCAGGCUCUUGUCCGGGAAGGAAUCAAUAGAAACAACCCCAAAGGAAGUUCCUGGUCGAUAGUGGAGCCUCCUGGGUCUGAAAACGGAAUCAUGCAUGUCUCCGUGGGAGUCGGCGUGGUCUGGGCUGUCACAAAGGACCGGAAAGUGUGGUUCCGAAGAGGCGUCAACUCUCACAAUCCCUGUGGCACCAGCUGGAUCGAGAUGGUGGGAGAAAUGCUGAUGGUGAACGUGGGGCUGAAUGACCAGGUCUGGGGCAUUGGCUGUGAGGACCGAGCGGUGUACUUCCGGCAGGGCGUCACCCCCAGUGAGCUCAGUGGGAAGACAUGGAAGGCCAUUGUUGCAGGCCGAGAAUGUGACCGUUCCCACUCUGGCAGCUCAUCGAGUCUCCUCAGUGCUGGCUGCUUCUUUGGUGAUGAGGUGAAGGGCGGUGGUGAGUCUGCGCCCAGUGACACCGACGGCUCCUCAGAAGUUGAGAGACCAGAGCUGGACCAGCCUCUCCCUUCAGAGUCUUCAGACAAUUCUAGGAACCCCGAUGAGAGCUCAGCCUCAGGCCCAGGGGCCGGCAGGACCACGGAGGGUGCUGUGGAGAAUACCUGCCCAGCUGAGGGCCGAGGGGAGCCUGGGUCUGCCAAAUGCCCUAACCUGGCCUCCAGCCCUGCAGAGCUGCCCUGGACCAAUAUUGACCUAAAGGAGCCCAAGAAAGCGCCCGGCCACUCAGCUGCUGGCUUUCCCGAGACUACCUCCUCCCAGGGGCUUCUCCCACUGGGAUUGGAGGAGUCCUACGUGCUGGACGACCACCCGCUGUGGGCCUGGGUAUCAGGGGGCAGCUGUGCAGUGGAGGCUUUCUCCGUGCUCAAGUGGUUCACUGUGCAGUCGGGCCUGUCCCCAUCUGUGCAGACGCUGUCCCUAUCCCUCACGCCGGCCCAGACAGCCGCCUGGAGGAAGCAGAUCUUCCAGCAGCUCACAGAAAGGACCAAGCGGGAGCUGGAGAACUUUAGACACUACGAACAGGCCGUGGAGCAGUCCGUGUGGGUGAAGACUGGGACCCUGCAGUGGUGGUGCGACUGGAAGCCCCACAAGUGGGUGGAUGUCCGCGUGGCCCUGGAGCAGGUCACAGGGCAUGACGGGGCUCGGGACAGCAUCCUCUUCAUCUACUAUGUGGUCCACGAGGAGGAGAAGUACAUCCACGUGUUCCUCAACGAGGUGACGGUGCUGGUCCCAGUGCUUAACGAGGCCAAGCACUCCUUCGCCCUGUACACCCCUGAGAGGACACGGCAGAGGUGGCCUGUGCGUCUGGCUGCUGCAACUGAGCAGGACAUGAAUGACUGGCUGGCCCUGCUCAGCCUGUCCUGCUGUGAGAGCCGAAAGGUCCACGGCCGCCCGUCCCCCCAGGCCAUCUGGUCCAUCACCUGCAAAGGGGACAUCUUCGUGAGUGAGCCCAACCCAGACCUGGAGGCCCGUGAACACCUGCUGCCCUGUGACCAGAUGUUUUGGCGGCAGAUGGGAGGUCACCUGCGGGUGGUGGAGGCCAACAGCCGUGGCGUGGUAUGGGGCAUCGGCUAUGACCACACUGCCUGGGUGUACACAGGUGGCUAUGGUGGAGGCUGCUUCCAAGGCCUGGCCAGCAGCACCAGCAACAUCUACCCACAGUCAGACGUGAAGUCCGUCUACAUCUACGAGAACCAGCGCUGGAACCCCGUCACAGGCUACACCAGCAGGGGUCUGCCCACUGACCGGUACAUGUGGAGUGAUGCCACGGGACUGCAGGAGUGCACCAAGGCGGGCACGAAGCCCCCUUCCUUGCAGUGGACCUGGGUUUCUGACUGGUCCGUGGACUUCUCCGUUCCUGGGGGCACUGACGCCGAGGGGUGGCAAUAUGCCAGCGACUUCCCCGCCUCCUACCAUGGGUACAAAACCAUGAAGGAUUUCGUCAGGAGAAGGUGCUGGGCCAGAAAGUGCAAGCUAGUGACCAGUGGGCCCUGGCUGGAGGUGGCCCCCAUCGCCCUGGGAGAUGUGUCCAUCAUCCCGGAGUGCCCGGCCACUAACAGGAAUGGGCACAGCGUGGCACUCUGGGCUGUCAGUGACAAAGGAGACGUGCUUUGCCGCCUGGGGGUGUCCGAGCUCAACCCCGCGGGCUCCUCCUGGCUGCAUGUUGGCACUGACCAGCCCUUCGUCUCUGUCUCUAUCGGGGCCUGCUACCAGGUGUGGGCCGUGGCAAGAGAUGGCUCUGCGUUCUAUCGGGGCUCUGUGUCCCCUUCCCAGCCAGCCGGUGACUGCUGGUACCACAUCCCAUCUCCCCCGAAGCAGAGACUGAAGCAGGUGUCUGUCGGGCAGACAUCAGUGUACACCCUGGACGAAAAUGGGAACCUGUGGUAUCGCCAAGGGAUCACGCCCAGCUACCCACAGGGCUCCAGCUGGGAGCACGUGUCCAACAAUGUGCGCCGAGUGUCCGUGGGGCCUCUGGAUCAGGUCUGGGUUAUCGCCGACAAAGUCCAGGGGAGCCACAGCCUGAGUCGGGGAACGGUGUGCCAUCGCACGGGUGUGCAGCCCCAUGAGCCCAAGGGACAGGGCUGGGACUACGGCAUCGGGGGAGGCUGGGACCACAUCUCCAUCCGGGCUAAUGCCACCAGGACAACCUGGAGUACAUCCCGGGAGCAGGAGCCCAGUGCCCCACAGGAGACCCAUGGCCCCGUCUGCUGCUGAGGACACCUGCGCAGCCGGAGCAGAAACAGUGCCCUGCACGGGAUCAAGGUUCACCAUCAAGGUUCCCAACACAGCACCACACGUAGGCAUCGCCCAGGCCGCCUCAGGAGGGAGCCUGGCCCGAGGUGGCCAUUCAGAGGCACUGGCAGAAAGGUCCAGAAAUGUGAAAUGUGGAGGCUCCUACAAGGGUCCCCAGCCUGCAAGGGACAUUGUGAAGGGCAGGACCCCACCUCAACCCUGGCCUCUCCCACCCUUCCUCCCCCUCUGCCUCUUGCCUUGGCCACAUGCUGUGAGAAUUUCUGAGAGCAGGGCUUGCAGGGUUUAAUGUAGGAAGUGAAGGAAGAAGUUGGCAAUUGGAAAUAAAUACUUGAAUGGGAGGGGGUGGAUGGAGAAGCUGCCCUGUGGCCGGCAGAAGGUGUCCAUGUACAGAAUUAUCAUCUCAAACUCCCAGGCAGCCCCUUCCCCAGACAUGGUGGGGGGUAGGGGCUCCUUGUACAAUACAUUGGAUCGGGUUGGAGGUUUGGGGGUGCAGCACUCUGGGGUGUCGGCGUGUGCAGGGCCCUGGCAGGGGGAGAGCCCCUGCUGGCCAGCCAGGGGAGGCAGGGAGCACGUGGCCCAGGGGCCCCACUUGCGUCACACUAUUGCUGCUUUUUAUCCCGUUACACCCAUCAGUGAAGUUUCAAGUUUGCUUCCUACAACUGGACACUGCCCAGGAGGUCAGCAGGGCCCAAGUCCUGUCUCUGCUCAUUUUGAGACGGAAUGGAGGGACUGCCUAGCUUUCCUGGGAUUCCCGUCCGUUUCGUCGUCAGGAGGGUCAGCUAUGCACUAGGUUCUGUUUUGCUGUCUGGUGUGCGUCACCUGGAAACCAGGAAAGGUCUCCUGUAGGGUUUCCUCCCUCCGGAGUUUGAGACUGGGUAUUCCUGAGGUCUCUGGAGGUGGAACCAGGUGUGUCUGGGUGCAGAACUCAGAAGCGUGACGGCCCUGGUGGCUGGUGGCAUGCAGGUGACAUUGUCCUGUUUACAUUUCCGUGUCAGGCUUUCUCUGAGUGGGCAUUGUGAUUUGUUCCCCACAACAGUGCCCUGUACAUUCUCCCGGGACUCGCUGUCCGCAGGUGGCUCUCAGCGAAGCACCCCAAGGGAGUCACUCUGCACUUCCUCCAGGGUGACAUGUCCUCUCACUGCUGAGCACCACCUGUUACCUGCUCGGCAUCACUGAACUGCCUCUAUUCCUCAGAUGCUUUAUUCAAUAAAAACGUAUGCCAGAGUGUAAA